AUGAUAAAUAAGGGUCCGGAAGUAUUUGCCAACUGCAACAAAGGAGAGUUGUACGCCGUGGAAUAUGCCAUCAAAGUGGCGGCGGGAGAUGAGAAGACAAAGAAGAAGAGUAAGGAUGACAAGAUAAAGGAGAGGGUCUUGGAGAAGCUGAGGGCGACGGAGGUUGUCUCUGUCUCACCGGAGGCGGUGGAGAGGGUUUGUGCCUUGGAGCCGCUGCAUCGACUGAAGCAGCUUUUGGUGGACAUCUUCCCCAUCCUCUCCCCAGCCGCCGCCUCUUGCAUGGUGGAUGAUGCUGCCAAUGAGGUUGAGGCUCUCUCCUCUUCCUCCUCCCCUUCCUCCAAGCUUUGA